GGAGCGGGGGCGCCGCCGCGGCCACUGUCGGUGGCCGCGCGGCUGAGCUACGCGGUGGGCCACUUCCUCAACGACCUGUGCGCGUCCAUGUGGUUCACCUACCUGCUGCUCUACCUGCACUCGGUGCGCGCCUACAGCUCGCGCGGCGCCGGCCUGCUGCUGCUGCUCGGCCAGGUGGCCGACGGGCUGUGCACGCCCCUCGUGGGCUACGAGGCCGACCGCGCCGCCGGCCGCUGCGUCCGCUGCGGCCCCCGAAAGGCCUGGCACCUGGUCGGUACCAUCUGUGUCCUGCUGUCCUUCCCCUUCAUCUUCAGCCCGUGUCUGGGCUGCGGGGCAGCCACGCCCGAGUGGGCCGCCCUCCUCUACUACGCGCCCUUCAUCGUGAUCUUCCAGUUCGGCUGGGCGGCUACGCAGAUUGCCCACCUCAGCCUCAUCCCAGAGCUCGCCACCAAUGACCACGAGAAGGUGGAGCUCACGGCCCUCAGGUACGCCUUCACCGUGGUGGCCAGCAUCACCGUGUACAGUGCCGCCUGGGUGCUGCUCCACCUGCAGGGCUCCCCGAGCUUGGGGGGGGCCCGCAGGGUCACUGACCAGCUGGGCGUCCAAGACGUGCCGGUGUUCCAGAACCUCUCCCUGCUGGUGGUGGGAGUCGGAGCCGUCUCUUCGCUGCUGUUCCAUCUGGGCACCAGGGAAGGGCGCCGGCCUCGGGCGGAGGAGCCGGACGAGCACAGCCCGCUGCUGGCGCCCGCCACCGCCCGGCCCCUGCUGCUCUGGAAGCACUGGCUCCGGGAGCCGGCCUUCUAUCAGGUGGGCUUGCUGUACAUGAGCACGAGGCUCAUCGUGAACCUGUCCCAGACGUACAUAGCCAUGUAUCUCACCUACUCCCUCAACCUGCCCAAGAAGUUCAUCGCCACCAUCCCGCUGGUGAUGUACCUCAGCGGUUUCUGCUCCUCCUUCCUCAUGAAGCCAGUCAACAAGUGCAUCGGGAGGAACCUGACCUACUUCGCGGGCCUCCUGGUGAUCCUGGCCUUCGCAGCCUGGGUGGCCCUGGCAGACGGGCUGGGCAUGGCCGUGUACGCGGCAGCUGUGCUGCUGGGCACGGGCUGCGCCACCAUCCUCGUCACCUCGCUGGCCAUGACGGCCGACCUCAUCGGCCCCCACACGCACAGCGGAGCCUUCGUGUACGGGGCCAUGAGCUUCUCGGAUAAAGUGGCCAACGGGCUGGCAGUCAUGGCCAUCCAGAGCCUGUAUCCCUGCUCCUUGGAGAUUUGCUGCAGGGCCUGCAUGGGCUUCUACCGCUGGGUGAUGGUGGCCGCCACCGGCGGGGUGGGCGUGGCCGCCACCCUCUGUCUCUGCAGUCUCCUCAUCUGGCCCAUCCGCCUGCGGAGCUGGGACCCUGGAGCCCAGCCCUGAUUCCACAGGCGCCACGGUUGCUGUCCUGUGCACAUGAACUCUGUAUACUCCAGGACCAGCUGAGGCCAGGAGCAGCCCUCCCUCCGUGCCGCCCCCACCUCCCAUCCCUACCCCCCCAUCCUUGCCUGGCUGUGGGGGCAGGACGGUCAGGAUCCCAGACACGGAGCUCAGCGCUCUGGGGUCCAGGGGUGCGCCCGGCUCACCCCUCACCCCAGGCUCGGGUGCAGUUUGCUACAUGCCGCCAGGUCCCCCGACCACGACGUGGUCUCUGAGCCUGACGGGAGCCUCAGGCAGGGGGUAGGGAGGAGCAAGGCCCAUGCUCUGUGCCCAGGCCACUGCUGGCCACGAAUAAAGAGCCACCCGUGGGUGA